CGAGUUUCCUCUUUCACCAUAUAAAUUACAAGCACACAACCCGUCAUUUGCUCCAUCUAGAUCCCACUCCUCUAGAUCUCCCCUUCUUUCUCUGUGUAAAAAUGGCAAAAUUUGUUUUCAUUUUGCUUGCUUUCUCCUUCACGUACACUUCUGUUCUUCUUGCUGCUCAUCCUCCAACUCCUGUUGAAGGUCUCUUACCAAAUGGAAACUUCGAAGAACCACCGAAGUCAAACAACAUUAAUAAAACAUUCCUGCUAGGCAAAAACGCAUUACCCAAAUGGGAGAUCAGCGGCCAAGUGGAGUACAUGCAGGGCGGACCUCAGCCUGACGGGAGGUACAUAGCCGUCGCCCAAGGCAUCCACGCCGUCAAACUGGGGAAUGAAGCUAAUAUCUCUCAAACGAUACCCGUGAAGGCUGGAUCUCUGUAUGCCAUAACGUUCGGUGCUUCAAGAACUUGUGCACAGCAGCAGGUGUUGAGAGUGUCUGUGCCACCACAGUCGGGGGAUCUUCCGCUCAAGACUUUGUAUUGCACUGACGGUGGCGAUGUGUAUGCUUAUGGUUUUAGAGCAAAUUCAAGCACCGUGAGGUUAACCUUCCAUAACCCUGGGGUAGAAGAAGAUCCUAAAUGUGGGCCAAUCAUUGAUUCCGUCGCCAUCAAAGAACUCUUCCCUCCAAGACCUACACGACUUAAUAUCGUGAAAAAUGGUGGAUUCGAGGAAGGUCCUCGUUUAUUAUUCAACUCUUCCAAUGGCGUCCUUCUUCCUCCUCAACAACAAGACAUCACAUCUCCUCUCCCUGGGUGGAUCAUCGAGUCUUUAAAAGCUGUUAAAUUUAUCGACUCCAAGCAUUACAACGUUCCACACGGUGACUCAGCCAUUGAGCUGGUUGCCGGGAGAGAAAGCGCUGUCACACAAAUCAUCAGAACCAUCCCUAACAAACUGUAUAUCCUAACAUUCUCCAUUGGAGAUGCCAAGGACUUUUGCGUUGGAGAUAUGAUGGUUGAAGCAUUUGCUGCCAAAGACACCCUGAAAGUACCAUUCAAAUCGGAAGGGAAGGGGAAGUGGAAGACAGUUACCAUGAAAUUUAAGGCAAUCUCUUCGAGAACCCGACUGAGCUUCCAUAGCUCGUAUUACCACACUAGGAUUGACGACACCGUAUCCCUUUGUGGCCCUGUGAUCGAUGACGUUCGCGUGCUGUCUGUCAAGGAUGCAGCCAAAAUUUAAUAGGACUUAAACCGUAAUAUAAGGUAUUAAGGUAUUUAUAUACGGAUAACAAUGAUGAAGUCUAUGAAUUUGAAAAAAUUUUGAGAAAGAAAAAUGUGUUGAAAUAGAAAGUACAUUGAUUUUUGUGGGUU